AUGACUUCUGUUCAGUCCGCGCCUGCGAUGCAGGCCAAUGUUCCCUCCCUCCCCCCCAACCUUUCUCAAGCUCAAGUGCAGGAAGUUUAUCAGAAAUUCCAGCGCAUGAAAGCACAAAAUGUCCCCGAAACCGAUCCUGAGUACUUAAAAGCAUAUCGAUUUCUCACUGCUGUCCAACAACAGCAGAAUUAUCGCAAGUUGCAGGCUCAAAAGCAGGCACAGGCUCAACUCCAAGCUCGGAUGCAGAUUGCCCAACAACAGCAGCAUCCACAAUCGAACCAACAUGCCGGACUACAAGUGAACGGAAAUGCCAACACCUCGACAACAAAUGGGACUAGCAACGGUCAGCAAGAUUCGACAGGUGCGGUGGUGAACGAGGCAAUUUCCUCCGCGCCGAACCCAACCUCAGGUCCCAAUCCUGCAUCAUCUGCUGGGGCACAGGCACCGCGUGCCGCCGCCCAGACCAGCGGCAGCUUUACACCAGAACAGCUGAAUCUACUGAGAACCCAGAUUUUCGCUUUCAAGACCCUGUCAAAGAACCAGCCGUUGCACCCCAGGAUACAGCAACAACUUUUCCCCUCCUUGAGACAACAGGCAGUCACGCCCACGGACAGCAUUCCCUCUGGGGAUAAAGUGGGGAAUGGCGUUGCGGAAGCGAAGGACGACGGCGCAUCGACCGAAGUUGCUCGAGCUAAAUCUUUCUUCGAAACCUAUCAGUCGCCUUACGAUCUCCUCAUCAAGGCGAUUAGCUUCUCCGACCAUUCACAGCGCAGUAGGCGCCAGAAGAUCCCUAGCAUCCUCCCUAUUGGUCUUGACUCGGACCAGGUUCGAGAGGAGCAAGAACGGCUGCUGUACAACCGCAUUCAAGCUCGAAAGGCCGAAUUGGCAGCACUGCCUGUGAACAUCGCAUCUUGGGACACUAGCAAAUCCGUCGAACCCUCUGCUGACGACUCCCUUAAAGUAAAGGCGUUAAUCGAGUACAAAAAGCUAUGUCUACUUCAGAAACAGCGAGAUUUUCGCCGUGAAAUUCAGCAAGAGCUCUUCUACUACGACAACCUGGCAAUGACAGCUAACCGAUCAAUGCAUCGUCGGAUGAAGAAGCAGUCACUUCGCGAAGCUCGUAUUACUGAGAAACUUGAGAAACAGCAGCGCGACGCCAGAGAGAACAAGGAAAAGACUCGGCAAUCGAAUCAUCUGCAGUCCAUUGUUGCCCAUGCCCAAGAUAUCAAAAACAAUGCCAUCAGUCAGCGCUCGCGUAUUCAGAAGCUUGGUCGGAUGAUGGUCACUCAUCAUCAACACAUGGAACGUGAGGAACAGAAGCGCAUUGAACGGACUGCGAAGCAACGUUUGCAAGCAUUGAAGGCGAACGACGAAGAGACAUACCUGAAGCUCCUCGGCCAGGCCAAGGAUUCUCGCAUUACACAUCUUCUCAAACAGACCGAUGGUUUCCUGAAGCAACUUGCCGCCUCCGUCAGACAACAACAGAGAAGUGCAGCAGAGAAAUGGGGCGAAGACAAGUACCUCGAGGAGGAAGAAGAUGAUGAGGGCGACUCGGAAGAUGAGGAAGGACGUGGCAAGGUCGAUUACUAUGCUGUCGCUCAUAGAAUCAAGGAAGAGGUCAACGUCCAGCCCUCAAUUCUGGUUGGAGGCACUCUGAAAGAGUACCAGCUCAAAGGUCUCCAGUGGAUGAUUUCACUGUUCAACAACAACCUGAAUGGCAUUUUGGCCGACGAGAUGGGUUUGGGCAAGACCAUUCAAACCAUUAGUUUGAUCACCUAUUUGAUUGAGAAGAAGCGUCAGACCGGCCCAUUCUUGGUCAUUGUUCCUCUAAGCACACUCACCAACUGGAAUCUGGAAUUUGAGAAAUGGGCUCCUUCUGUCAGUCGUAUCGUGUACAAAGGCCCUCCGAACAGCAGGAAGCAGCAACAAAUGAGGAUCCGACAAGGUAACUUCCAGGUCUUGCUCACAACCUACGAAUACAUCAUCAAAGAUCGCCCUAUUUUGAGCAAGAUCAAAUGGGUACACAUGAUCGUCGAUGAAGGUCACCGUAUGAAGAAUUCUCAAUCGAAAUUGAGCAGCACCAUCACCCAAUAUUACACAACAAGAUACCGGCUGAUCUUGACCGGUACUCCACUACAAAACAACCUGCCCGAGUUGUGGGCCCUUCUCAAUUUCGUUUUGCCUACCAUCUUCAAAUCAGUCAAGUCGUUCGACGAAUGGUUCAAUACACCUUUCGCCAACACCGGUGGACAAGACAAGAUGGAGUUGAGCGAAGAAGAGCAGCUCCUCAUUAUCCGCCGCCUGCACAAGGUUCUGCGCCCUUUCUUACUUCGCCGUCUCAAGAAAGACGUGGAGAAGGACCUUCCUGACAAGCAAGAGCGAGUCAUCAAAUGUCGCUUCUCAGCUCUCCAGACCAAGCUUUAUAUGCAGCUGAUGACGCACAAUCGACUUGCUGUGGCUGACGGUAAAGGCGGCAAAACCAGCAUGCGCGGUCUCAGCAAUAUGUUGAUGCAACUGAGAAAACUGUGUAAUCACCCUUAUGUCUUUGAGCCUGUGGAAGACCAGAUGAACCCCGGCAGAGGGACUAAUGACUCCAUCUGGAGAACAGCCGGUAAAUUUGAGCUCCUCGACAGAAUCCUUCCCAAGUUCCGCGCCACUGGUCAUCGUGUGUUGAUGUUCUUCCAGAUGACUCAGAUAAUGAAUAUCAUGGAGGACUUCUUGCGUUACCGCGGCAUCCAAUAUCUCCGACUUGACGGCGCCACCAAGGCUGAAGAUCGAUCUGAACUGCUGCGGGUCUUCAAUGAACCCGGAUCGCCAUAUUUCUGCUUUCUCCUUUCGACCCGUGCCGGUGGUCUUGGCUUGAAUCUUCAAACUGCAGAUACUGUUAUUAUCUACGAUUCAGACUGGAAUCCUCACCAGGAUUUGCAGGCUCAGGAUCGUGCUCACCGUAUUGGACAGAAGAACGAAGUGCGUAUUCUACGUCUCAUUAGCUCUAACUCCGUCGAGGAGAAGAUCCUGGAGCGCGCUCAGUUCAAGCUGGACAUGGACGGCAAGGUCAUUCAGGCGGGUAAAUUUGACAACAAAUCCACCAACGAGGAGCGAGAGGCGUUCCUAAAGACCCUGCUUGAAGCCGCCGAAGCCGCCGAACAAGUUGGAGACCAAGAGGAGAUGGACGACGACGACCUGAAUGAGAUCAUGGCCCGAACAGAAGAUGAGUUGGUCUUAUUCAAAAAGAUGGAUAAGGAGCGGGAGGAGCAUGACCAGUAUGGGCCAGGCCGACCACUUGCCCGGUUAAUGGAGGAAAGUGAACUUCCGGACAUCUACGUGGCUGAGGACAAUCCAGUUCAAGAAGAGGUAGAGGAGUACACUGGUCGCGGCGCCCGCGUCAAAACCCAAGUCAAAUAUGACGACGGGUUAACUGAAGAACAGUGGCUUGCCGCUGUUGACGACUCGGACGAUUCGAUUGGCGAGGCGGCCAAACGCAAACAGGCCAGGAUCGAGAAAAGACGCAGCAACAAGCUCAAACGUGAACGAGAAGCAGCAGGCAUUGCGUCUUCACCCGAACCCGAACGCGAGAGUUCUGAAGAGGAGCCCCCACCGAAGAAAAAGGGUCCUGGACGGAAGUCAGCGGGGCAGAAGCGCAAGGCUGAGGACAUUGAGGACGAGACACCAGCGACGAAGCGCAAGAGAGGAAAGCAACUCAACAAGCCGGCCAUCGACCCGCUGAGUAGCACUGAGCGAUCUGCGUUACAAAAAGCUCUCAAGGCUGUCUUUGGGUCCAUCAAAGCUCUAGAAGUACCUGACUCGGAUUCAGAGCAGCAGUCGGAAGAUGAGAGCGACGACGAACCGCCGACAAGAUUGAUCAUCGGACCGUUCCUAGAACUUCCCCCAAAGAAAGUGUACCCCGAUUACUACAGCUUCAUUACGGAACCCAUCGCCAUGGACAUGAUUGAGAAACGUAUCAACGGCCACCAGUACUCCAGCCUCAAAGAUUUCCAAAAUGACAUUGCGCUCUUGGCGAAGAACGCGAAGACGUAUAAUGAGGACGGCAGCAUGUUGUACAACGAUGCAAUUGCCAUUGAGAAUCACUGCAACGAGAUGAUUGCCAGACAGAUUGCAGACAACCCCAGCCUUGGGGAUAGAGGACUUCUGGAUGGCGAUUCCACAGCCGCGGCUUCGAGCGCGGGAACACCUCGGGGAUCCGUGGCACCAGCUGGCGGGACAAAGCUAAGACUGACAUUGGGGACGAGCAGUAAUGGGAUUGCGACGAAUGGCACUACGAGCGGGGCUGCCAGCGGAGCGGAAUGA